UGUGCAGCAGGUGAGACGCAAACAGAGAGACGCAGAGCUGCUUCAGCAGUCACUCCGCAAACUUAACGGACUUACACGUCAACACCUUCCGGGCCCGACAGAGGUGAUCCUGCGAAGCAGGAAGGAGAGCAGGAGAGCGCAGAAACACUUUUUUCCGGGAGGAGAGCGCAGUGUCGUAUAAUGUCAGUUGUGGGCGCGCAGCCUUUCAUCAAGCCAAUGCAGUCCCCACCUUCAGUUUCGCCCGGUAUCCAAAGGAGACACACGCUUCCCGCGAGUGAAGUCCGACCGCUCAACACGCAGGAUGCCAUAAGCGUCUUUGAAAUCGAGCGAGAGGCAUUUAUCUCAGUGUCAGGUGAGUGCCCCCUCCAUCUGGAUGAAGUACGUCACUUCCUCACACUGUGUCCAGAGCUAUCCAUGGGCUGGUUUGAGGAGGGUCGGUUGGUGGCUUUUAUCAUCGGCUCUCUGUGGGACCAGGACAGGCUCACCACAGAAGCGCUGACGCUCCACAAGCCCUGCGGCUCCACCGUGCACAUCCACGUCUUGGCUGUCCAUCGCACUUUCAGGCAGCAGGGCAAAGGUCCCAUCCUCAUGUGGCGCUACCUGCAGUAUCUCCGCUGCCUGCCCAACGUGCGCCGAGCGGUGCUGAUGUGCGAAGACUUCCUCAUCCCCUUCUACCGCAAGUCGGGCUUCAAGGUGCUGGGGCGAUGCGCCAUCACCGUGGCCAACCUGACCUUCACCGAGAUGUGGUACCCAAUCAGCGGCCACGCGUACAUGCGCCGCAACAGCGAAGCGAUCCGCUUCCCUCAGCACCCUCUGACUGUGCCCCUGACAAAGACUGACGAACGCGUUGAUGUAUGAAGUGCUUACUGAGGGCCGAGCAGGCUGUCUUUAAUCUAAGAGGAAGGAAUUCAGUGUUGUUCUCUGUAGCAUCUUUCAGGGUUUGUCUCAAGUUUCCAGCCGUUUCUCUGAUUUGUUGGACUUUUGAUCCCAUGUGAAAUGAUUUUAAUAUGUAUAAUAAAACAAAGGAUGUACUAUAUACUGUACUGUGACGUGUUAUAAAUAUGCGAGAAGAGUCAAGUAGUGAGUAACUGGAGUUAAAUGUCGCAUUUGUGGUAGACUUUGCGCUUGGGUGUAAAGCUGUCUUCUGCUAAGCACCUUCCUGGGCUUCCUACAACUGUGGUCUGACGUCAGUAAACCGGGCUUUAGCAGCUCAGUCACAGCUCCACCAUCCUCCAGCUCCUCCUCAGCUCCAUUAGGGGGCUUUAGCUAUUGUAAUCACCGAGUGGGGAUUAGUUAACCUGUAGGACCAAUGACCUUUACCUAGAGAAGCACAAACAGAGCAGGUUGGCGUUAGUUGUGACGACAGUUUGACAAACCAUGUAAUUUUUUUUAAGUUCUUUUCUGUGACAGUGUUUCAAUAAAAUGUUUUAUACUGUU